AUGGCUGCAGCUUCAGCAGCCCCACCAGCCGUAAACGGAGUUGUGCAAAUGGACACACCACCACAGGCAUAUUUAGAGGGCCAUAAAGUGAAAGAAACAAAAACCCUUAUUUCAGAGCUGUGCCGCCAGUUCUACCACCUGGGUUGGGUUUCUGGGACUGGUGGCAGCAUCACCAUCAAAGUCCAUGACGACUCAAUUCCUAAACCCCAACAACUUAUUGUCAUGUCUCCCUCAGGUGUGCAGAAGGAAAGAAUGGUGGAUGAAGAUAUGUAUGUGUUGUCACCAAAUGGAUCUGUUUUGUCUGAACCAUUGGCAAAGCCAUGGCCUCAUAAACCUCCCAAAUGUUCUGAUUGCGCUCCCCUGUUCAUGAAGGCAUAUGAGAUGCGGAAUGCCGGUGCCGUAAUCCACAGUCAUGGAAUGGAAUCUUGCCUUGUAACGAUGAUCAACCCAUUGUCAAAAGAAUUUCGGAUUACUCAUAUGGAAAUGAUCAAAGGAAUUCAAGGGCAUGGUUAUUACGAUGAGCUCGUGAUCCCAAUUAUAGAGAAUACUGCCCAUGAAAGAGAGCUUACAGAAUCUCUCACCGAAGCAAUCAAAGCAUACCCCAAAACUACGGCUGUGCUUGUCCGGAACCAUGGAAUAUACGUAUGGGGUGAUUCUUGGAUCAGUGCUAAAACUCAGGCUGAAUGUUACCACUAUCUCUUUGAUGCUGCAAUUAAACUCCAUCAAUUAGGAUUAAACUGUUCAACUCCUUCUCAUGGUCCAAUUCAUAGUUCCGAUGGAGUUAUAGGUCGGAAUGGAAAAGUUUCUACCAAGGCAGGGAUUAUUUCUUCAAAUAAUGGCAUCGAGCCAUCAAGACGCUGCAUUGUACUGGACAUUGAAGGAACCACCACUCCUAUAUCGUUUGUCACAGAGAUUCUCUUUCCAUAUGCUCGUGAGAAUGUGGGGAGGCAUCUAGAACUGACAUAUGAUGAGGCAGAAACUCAAGAUGAUAUUAAGCUACUGAAAGCUCAAGUUCAAGAAGAUCUAGAAAAUGGUGUUGCUGGUGCAGUUCCCAUCCCUUCUGAUGGAGGGAAAGAGGAGGUGAUUGCAGCUUUGGUUGCUAAUGUGGAGGCAAUGAUUAAAGCUGACCGCAAAAUUACGUCCUUGAAGCAAUUACAAGGUCACAUAUGGCGUACAGGAUUUCAGAGAAAUGAGAUAGAGUCAGUCUUGUUUGAUGAUGUACCUGAAGUUCUGGAAAAGUGGCAUGCCCUGGGAAUCAAGGUGUAUAUAUAUUCCAGUGGCAGCAGAUUGGCACAAAGGCUUUUGUUUGGUAAUACAAAUUAUGGGGACCUGCGAAAAUACUUAUGCGGGUUCUUUGAUACUACAGUGGGGAAUAAGAAAGAAUCAGAAAGUUACGUUGAAAUCACGGAAUCUCUUGGAGUAUAUAAUCCUUCGGAGAUUCUAUUUGUCACCGACGUCUAUCAAGAAGCCACAGCUGCAAAAUCGGCAGGUCUGGAAGUGAUCAUUUCUAUCCGUCCUGGAAAUGGACCUCUUCCCGAGAAUCACGGGUUCAAGACAGUCAAGUCAUUUUCGGAAAUUUAA